UCAGAUAAUAAUUCACAUAAAAUUCCAUUUAGGGCAAGUAAUCCAAUCCAAUGGUCCAAAAUAUUGCAUUGGAGCAGAUUGGGUCAAACCCGACCCGUUUCUCAAUCGCCCAAAAAUGAAAAAACACGAACGCGCAGAGACGGACAUACAAACGCAUUCGCUCAGCAGCUGAAAACCAUCGAGUUGACUCGUCAAUGCGGGUUGUCGACUUUGACGAUCAAUUCUGAGGAAAAUUAUUUUCUGGAUAAUGAGAAGAAAUAUUCUUCAAAGUACACUUCUGCUGCUGCUAUAUGGAAUAUGUACCUCCACUCUGUGCUGAAAUGCUAUAGGGCGGACAAAUGGAGGCAGCCCCUAUGAUGGAUAACAGUAUAACACUACCAGAACUAGUGGAUCAACACUUGAGUUAGCCCCCCGAAAAAUACCAGUUCUGAGUCACCUUGGUAUCAAUGAAAAAACUGGCAACAGCCUUUAUAGAAAGCCGCAAAAUGGCCGAACAAAGUUUGAGAUAUCUUAGGAAAACGCCGAAGGCUUACGAAGUAAAAAAAGUGUCUUCAAGCCCUAAAGAACAGUAUACACAAUCCAAGAAACAACAGAGGAAAGGGGAAAACCCUAUCCGGAUUCUUCCUAGCCAAGAACAAUAUGUCGACUUGAAAACUACUAAUUCAUGGAUCUGUAAGAAUUCCGCCUGCCGGGCAACACUUUCGGCGGACGACACGUUCUGCAAGAGGUGCUCUUGCUGCAUUUGCCAUUUAUUUGAUGACAACAAGGACCCGAGCCUCUGGCUGGAGUGCACAUCUGAAUCUGGUACGGGAGACGCUUGUGGAUUAUCCUGUCAUAUUGAGUGUGCUCUGCAACGUGGUAAGGUUGGGGUAGUUGACCUGGGCCUCUUGAUGCAGUUGGAUGGAAGCUACUGUUGUGCUUCGUGUGGCAAAGUCUCAGGGAUACUCGGAUGCUGGAAGAAGCAGUUGAUUGUAGCUAAGGACGCCAGGCGUGUUGACGUGCUGUGUUAUAGAAUAUUCUUGAGUUACAGGCUUCUGGAUGGGACUUCCAGGUUUCACGAGCUUCACGAAUUUAUCAAAGAAGCAAAAGACAAGUUGGAAACUGAGGUGGGCCCUGUCGAUGGGGUUUCAGCCAAGAUGGCCCGAGGUAUUGUCAGUAGACUCCCUGCAGCAGUCGAUGCACAGAGGCUCUGCUCCCUCGCGGUUGAAAAAGCUGAUGAAUUGAUUGCCUCAAAGUCGACCACUACAUCUAGUUUAAUAACUGAGGGUUCACUUCCCGCAGCCUGCAAAUUUCUGUUUGAGGAAGUUACGUCAUCUUCAAUCGUCGUAUUAUUGAUCGAAUUAUCAAAUUCGUCUCCCGACAGCAUCAAGGGCUUCAAACUCUGGUACUGCAAAUCAAAGGACGAGAACUACCCAAAAGAACCUGCCUCAAUCUUACCCUGGAACCAGAGAAGAAUCUGGAUAUCUAACCUGCAGCCCUGCACGGAGUAUUCCAUCCGCAUAGUCUCCUACACAGAAUCCGGCGACUAUGGGCACUCGGAGGUCAAGCUCUUCACAAAAAGUAUCGAAAUCAUUCACAAAGAUUCCAGAAAUGACGUAAAUGCCCCUGGCCCCAGCGUUGCCCAGACGGACGUGGAAUCUGACUUGGGGUUCAAAGUCCGGGACCUUGGACGAAUACUUCAGCUUGCCUUAGCUCGGGAGCCGUGCUCCUGCAGGUCGAAUGACCGAAAUACCCUUGGGCCCCACGACGAUGCCAAAACAGAGGCUCGGGUGAAAAAUUCUUCCUCCGUGUCCCGCCAGCUGGACCUGAAUGUGUCCUCCGUACCCGACCUAAACGAGGAGUUCACGCCACCCGUGGAAUCUGAGGCAGACGACGAUGCCUUGUCACACGAAAUCCAUAGGAAGCACGAGGAGGUGCCAGCUGUCGACUCGGGAUUGCCCGGUUCUGGAAAGAGGAAGCACGGUUUGGCCAACAAUGGAGAGAUUCAUGACUCGGAUAGCACCAUGAGUAACGACUCGGGCAGCCUGGACGAGAACUUCGAGGACUGCGUGAAGAUCAUACGGUGGAUGGAGUGCGAGGGGUAUAUCGGGAAGGAUUUUAGGCUGAAACUGCUGACGUGGUUCAGUCUGAGAUCGACCGAGCAAGAACGGAGGGUGAUCAACACGUUUAUACAGACGCUGAUUGACGACCCCAAGAGCUUGGCUGGCCAGCUGGUCGACUCGUUCUCGGAUAUCGUGUCCAGCAAGAGGCCGCGUAAUGGUUUCUGUAGCACUGUUUCAUAAAAAUGUCUCUUGAGCGGUGAAGUGAUUCAAUUGUGGGGAUAGUUGUUCCUGACGGGUUUUCGCUAGGUCAGUGAUAACUUUUUUUUUUUACUGGGCGAGGGGUUCUCACGCAUUGUGGGGCCCGGCCCAGCCCGCGCAUUUAAUUUAUUUUGGGGUAGUCGUACCUAUAUUUAUUACUCUCACCUGGGUAGUGAAUGUGUGAACUGUAGGCUCGAUUUAACGCUAGAAUGAAUGGUGGAUGUAUGCGACUCUUGAGAUAUUUGGUAACUUAUAUAUAGUUUCUUGUUAUCAGUGUUCCGAGAUUGUUUGACCUGCAUUAUUUCUUCCCUUUUUACCCCCUAUGAGUUUGCCG